AGGAAGAGAAGUAAACGGACGGAAGUGGGCGUGGCUGUGUGCUGGGCGGGUCUCGAUUCGGUACUGGAACUGGACUCGGCUAACGCGUGAAGAAGGGACCGUUUUGUGGCCGUGUUUAUAGAGAGCAAGAAGACCCAUGGGGCGCAGUAGGAGCCGCUCCAGGUCUCCUAGAGGUCACUCUCAUAGAAAUGGAGAGAAGGAGAAAGACAAGGACAGGGAGAGGGAGAAAGACAGGGACAGGGAGAGGGAGAAAGACAGGGACAGGGAGAGGAACAAGGACAGCGGCAGGGAAAGGGGUAGAGACCGUGACAGAGACAGAGAUAGAGACCUGAGAAAGGAGAGAGAUCGCGACCGAGACAGAGAUCGAGAUAGGGGGAGAGGGAGGGACAGAGACCAUCGCGGCAGUAUCAAGAGGGACAGAGAUCGCUCCCGGUCCCCACGACGCAACAGGUCCAAAGAUAGGAGGGACAGAACAAGAAGGUCAAAGUCAAGGUCAAGGUCUCCUCAUAGAAGGGACAGCGCCAGCGAGAGGGAGGAGAAAGACAAAGGUAAGAAGAAGGAAGAGGAAGAGGUGGAGGAAGAAGAAGAAGAAAAGACACAGGAACAGAUGGAAGAAGAAGAGAUGAUGAGAAAAAUUAUGGGGUUCACCCGCUUCAACACAACAAAGGGAAAGCAUGUUCCAGGGAUUGAGGGUGCCGUGAAGAUUGGUAAACCAAAGCGCUACAGACAAUACAUGAACCGCAGGGGUGGUUUCAACAGGCAACUGGACCCCAUAAAGUGAAAUCACACCCAUGUCAUGAUAUUUGAGCACACACUUCAUCUUAUUACCGUUUUCUGUUACGUACAGCUAUAUAUCUUUUUCCCCAUUUAUCAACACUGACAAUAUGCACUCACUGUCUGAUUUUUGUUAUAUUGUAGGAUUCAUGACCGUCAUAUAUAUUAUUUCUGCGCUUGAAAUUCCAAAUCUGCCAAUAUUAUUAUUAUGUACAUUAUUCACAUUAACAUGCUACGACUUUCAACUGCUAUUUUUCAGUUCGUGUUUCAUCUCGUUGAACUUCCCUCGUAGAAUCCGAGAUUUCUGCUGCUUCAAGACUUUGAGCUUGAACCGGUGAAAGUCAGUGAGUGUCUUUCUCUUGUUCUUCAUGGCGAUCUUCUUGGCCCACGAGGUUUUCUCCCACUUGGCUCCAAUGUCUCCCUCCACAAACCUCUUCCGAACCUGCUUCUCUCUGGCCGAGGGCGAGAUCCUGAUCUUGAAGUCCGUCAACCACAGCUUGUUGAAGUUCAUUGCCUGCCGACGGACUCCCGUGCACGGUCCGUCCACUAGAGCCGUUCUCUGGUUAAUGACGUCGAUAAUGACGCACAGCUUUCCCUUGUCCACCCCGUCAGCGACCAACGCCACUCGCCCCACCUCUACAAAACGUUUAAACACCUACGGAGAAAGUAUACAACGCGAGGAAUAUGCAAAGCUCUUACCAUGACGGUUCUUUGAUGAUAAAACCGGAACAGUCGUUGAACACGCCACGCGGUCAAAACCACAAAAGCGCAUG